GGGUGAUAUCCGCUAUUGCUGCUUCUCUACUCCCCCACUGUUCCUCAGGACUUCUCUGGACCAAAGCCUUUGGCCAGAGUCCUUCUAGCCCCUGCCCACCAUGGCCCCUUCAAGUGACAUCCUGAUCCUGCUUUUGCUCCCAGUGGCUGCAGCUCUGACGACCCCAGGUUCCUGUUCCGGAUGUGGGCCCCCCUCCCUGCCAAUGCUGGCGGGCCUCAUGGCCGCCGAUGCGGUCGUGUCGCUGCUAAUCAUCGCAGUGGUGUUUGUGUGUGCUUGCCUACGCCACAGGUCCACCCAAGAGGAUGACAAAAUCUACAUCAACAUGCCUGGCAGGGGCUGACCCCCUGGUAAGGGACACCUUUGACUUCUGACCCUCUCAUCUUGCAUUGUGUGUGGCGGCACAGGAAACCCACUCCCCACUUGGCUUGGAAUAAAGCAAUUGAAAUGCUUCUA